AUGGAUGUGUCAGCUCCAAUCAACGAGGCUGACGAGGUUGAAAUUAAAGAAGCCAAAUUCGACGAUGCUGCUCUCAAUUUCUCCAUCGGCACAGUCUCCAGCACAGUACUGCAAGGACUUUUAAGGUCCAUUUGCGAGACUAUCCCAAAAGCAAAAAAUAUGGCCAUAGAGCAUCUACUUGUCACAAAGACCAAAGUUCCAAAUCCGCCAAACUCAAAAUGGGACCAGGAUACCAACAAAGACAUCGAAAUUUCGGACCAAGAACUUGGGCGCAGGAGGCCUAGGUAUUCACAGUGCGAGAACUGCAAAAAUGAGUUUGAUACUCUCGAAAACACCCCAACAGCCUGCCGUUAUCACACUGAGGAAGCGUGUGCGGAUGAGGACUCCCAUUUGUUCGUGGACAACGAUUUCUUCGGACCUGAUGAGGCGGACUGUGAUGACGAGUUGAGAAAGCAAUAUCCAGAGUGCUAUGUAUUCGAGUGUUGUGAGGGUAACUUGAGGGACAACCCCCACGGGUGUGAGACUGAUUGGCAUAAAGAGGCAGCGUCGCACGUUAUUGCCAUGAGUGAGCACAUGGCACGCGUGGCACCGGAAGCACACGUGGCGAAGAGGGCCCGUAUACUCUAA